GAAUCUUUGAUAGUCACGUCAAGUUAUUGUUUGUGAUUGCUACCUCCCUCAUUCAUCCACCUAACUACUAUUACUACAAGUCUUAUGUAGUUCACCAUGCUAGUUACGGUACUAGAGAGUGAUAUUAUCCAUCCGCGACUCGUUCCAACUUCCCAAUCAAGCCGCUGCGGCAUCCGGUGAUGCUCCAUCUGCCCUUCCGGUCCUAUCACAAGCUCUCCUCUCUCCCAUCUCCCACCUCCUACUCGUGUCUAUCUCUCUCCCCAUCCUAGCCUGAUGGCAUCACCACAAUCUCCAGCUUCGUCCACCAGCAGUCGAGGCUCCCCAUCCGUCUAUCAUGAUCGCCCGCAGACCCUCGAAGACCUCGUCACCCACUUCGUAGCCUCCAAGCGUUCCCUGAACUCCCAGACCAUUCUAUGGCGCGCCAAUGACAUCGUCACAACCGCACGCGAGCUCCUAGAGGAGAACGCCAUCCUCGCAGCGAAGAACCUGUCCAUCAGGAACAUCGUCGAUGAGCAGGUAGAUGCACUCGAGGCCGUUCGGCGAGGUAUAGACCUCGUCGAGGCUGAGGUGCAGACAGAAUUCAAGCAACUCCUUCAUGAUCUAGACACCUCCUUCGCCGGCCUGAACUCUACACUCGCUGUGCUCCGUGAUACCCCCAUAGAAUCCGUCCUCCAACCCGCCGGCACCCCCCAGAAACACCUCCUCGACUUCAUAGACAACGCUACCGUGACUAAUCUCAAAGAUUCCCUCCGUGCAUGCAUAGAUCGCUACAACGAGGCCCGAUCGACCCUCGGCGACAGCAAUGACUCCUACGACACCGCGAUGGAGAACCUCCACUCUUCCAUAGACAACGUCCCCAACUCGCCCGCCACAGCCUCGAACCCCAGCCCCAUACCAACUCUGUAUCACGAUCUGGAAGCACAUGCCAAAGAGGCGGCACAGGCCUUCCAGUCGCUCGUCCGCCACUAUGACCUUUGCGUGACCGCUUUGCGACACACCGAGGGCGGCUCGGCAGCCGCGACACAGGCGACGGGUGAUGCGCCGAUUCCAUCUGGCGACGACUUCUCCGUGCCACCGCCCGAACCCAUGACGGAGGAAGAACGCCAUGAAAUGCUCAGCGUGAUGGCGCGCGAUGCAAGAGAAGUCGAGGACGUCGUCUCGGAGAUUCGCGACAGAGGUUCCGAGAUGACCUUCCUCCUCUCGCAGAUUGAGAACCACGUCACCCAUCUUAGAAGCGAGGGGUCGGCGCUGAAUACCAUUCUCCAGAUGAUCUCGCGUGUGGCCGUCGAGGUGAAGGAUCACAUCACAACCUCCCGCUCGUUCCACGCUGCGUGGCUGGAGGAUACACGGCCCACCCUACUGAGUGGAAUCGAGGAAUGGGAGAACCAGAGAGAGUUCUACGAAAGAUUCGACCUUGCCUAUGCAGAGUUGUUGGUCGAAAUCGCCUCACGAAGACGAAGGCACGAGAAGGCCAAACGCAAAGCAGAAGAGGCCCAGAAGGAAUUGGAUAAGCUCCAUUCCGAAGACGAGCGAUCGAGAGAGCAAUUCACAUUGACGCAAGGGGACUUUCUCCCAUUGGACAUCUGGCCUGGUCUACGAGAUCCACCGCGCAGGUAUGAGGUUCGUGCCGUCAGUAUCGAACCAGAGGGAGAGGAGGAAGAAGGCCACGAACAUAUGGAUGGAGAAGAGCCGCACCGGACGGUACAGAGUAUACCCCAACUGGGCAGGAAUGUUGUUGAACGGGCGUUGACACGGGUGAAGAGGAGGAUGUGAUGUAUAUUUGCACUUUUACGGAUGAAUCUCCUUGCCAGGCGUUUUGGUUGAUUACUAGAGGUUUUGGGAUUGGGUAACGCGCAAGCGUUUUGUAGGUUUAGCAUUACAUAUAUGUAGGUAGUGAACGGUAUCUUACUUGAUAGCCACUAUAUCGUAGGUACCUGGGUACCUAAUCUAUACUGAUAGCACGAACAACUUCUCGUUUGAUCCAUGCCACAUGGAUUUCGAGCACACAAUCUUGCUAGAGCAUUCAGUCAAGCGUUCGUUGGCCUGGGCAUAUUACUAUCUGAUUGGUG